AUGGGUAUUCCGUCAACAAAUAACGGUCUUGAAUCAAGCAAUGGCAAAAUUAAAGAACAAUAUACACUCAGAGUAAAAUUAAAUUUAUCUUCAUUUUUACCCACAAUGCAACAAAUGCUAUCUGAAUGGUCAUCGAAAUCAACUGAAGAACCAUUUCAUACAUUUCCAGUUGUGAGUGUUGCACAAGAAAAAGAGGCUUUAACAUGGUUACAAAGUCUUGAUAAGAAGACAAUACUACAUUGGUAUGGUAAUUCAUAUAUUGUUCCAUCAACAUUCAAUCACCAAUACAAUUCUAUGUUAUGGUUACAAGAAUAUUCUACAUUACCAUGGACGCAAUGGGACAAUUUUCCUCAAUGGCUCAAAGCUGGCCGACUUAUUACAAUUCCAAUGACUUGUUCAUGUAGAUCAAAUUUGAAAACAUAUGUAUGUAAGCAUGCUAUUGGUUUAAUGAUGCAUUUUGGUUGUAAUAUUGUAAAAGAUCCAGUAAAAUUACAAAAUUUCCAGAAACGACGCGGAAGACCAAGAAAAGUAGGAAAUGCGUUGUCUGGUGUUUAG